AAGAAAACUUACUUAGUACAUACUGCUUGCACUCUAUAUCUCCUAAGCCAGGGACGUCUGUCUCAGGUCCCCAUUGUAAAUAACUAGAGCCUGCGGACACUGUGAUUUCUUGCAUAAGGGCCGUCACUUCCUUCCUACAGCAUAAAAGAUAAUUGAACCCUAUACUUGAAAGGAAUUGACGGCAACCACUUGUAGGUAACAGGUCCGCGGGGCCGCGUUCUAGCAUUUCUAGCUCCUCUCACAGCACUACGUAUACCAGACAAAGAUCAUGUCGGACAAGCCAUUUGCAGCCGAGGCCGCCCAGUUUGGGCAGGCUAUGAAUGCCAUCAACUACAGUGAGGUCGUCAAGGCAGCCGUUCGCGACUACAAGAGGGAGGUGUUAGACAAGCAGGCGCAGGACACGAAGAAUGCGCACCAGUUGGUAGCCAUGGACGAUUUGAUGGAGGACGAGGAGCUGCAGAAGUUGCAUGAGGACCGCAUCGCCCGGUUAAAAGCCGAGCGCGAGAAGCGUAACCAGCUUACACAGAAGGGGCACGGCACGUACUCGGAGAUCACGGAGGGCGAGUUCCUGGAAAUCGUAACCCAGACGGACCAGGUGGUAUGCCACUUCUUCCACCGGGAAUUCGAGCGCUGCAAGAUCAUGGACAAGCACCUCCAAGCACUGGCGCACAAAUAUUUCAACACGCGCUUCAUCAAGCUCUCGGCGCCGGACUCGCCCUUCUUCACCGUCAAGCUCAACAUCAAGACGCUGCCGUGCCUUGUCUGCUUCAAGAAGGGUGUUGCGAUAGGGCGGGUGACGGGUUUCGAGGGCCUAGGGCGCGACGACUUCCCAACCGAAAUCCUGGAGGACCGGCUGUUUAGCAUGGACGUCAUCCAGGUACCGGAGCGGGACCGAGACGAGGAGGACCGGCAGGACGGGCCGGGGAAAAGCAUUCGGAAGAGUCUGCACUACCAGAAGACGGAGAGCGACGAGGAUAGCGACUUUGACUGAGGGCACGUGGUUGGUGUGUCGGUGAUGCGCGCUGCAAGGGGCAUGCUGAUCGGGUUGAGAGUAUAGAUGGUGGGGACACGGUAUGCUAGGAUGGCCGGUGUGGUUGUGGCCUGUCUUGUCUUGGCUGAUAGAUCGUUGGGUUGGGGCAGGGGUACAGCAGGGGUUCAUUAUUAAUGACGCCUUGCGACAUGAGGCGUGGACGACGUUCAUACCAUACAUGUGCACGGAGCCUGGUCGCCAUGUCGAUCGCCAUUACACGGAAGAUGGCUAUUGGCCAGGGGCUAUUGCAUAGGCUGUCACCGACCGCUGAUUUGGGCCAACAGGGUCUAGGUGAAGUAGGACGAUAUAGCAAUCCCGGAGGCCGAAAAGCAGCAGGCUUGCACAUGGCGCUCAGUCAAAGCCAGAGUAGACACCGAACUCUCGUGCUUGCCGCUUGGAUUCCUCCACAUAGUUCUUGCCGCGCGAGGACUGCCCAGCGUCACGUUUCCGUUUUUCCUGCGGGUGUGAGGAAAGCAGGGUAGCAUGUGUGAUGGCGGUUGGGGGCGUUUAGGCGGUCGAGAAGAGGCGGGAUGGAUGAUAGGUCUAUCACAUAGGGCGUCCCGGAGGCGUAUGCUCAUGCAAUGGUACAGCGCAUGACCGUUCACGUCCAAGGACUCAGGACGGCAGAAGGCCAUUGGAACCGCGGGUGGCAUGGGUGAGCGGGCUCUGGGUGUGUUGAGAGCAACAGGUUGCAAAGGGACGGGUACCGAUAGGACACCUGAGGUAGCGCAUGACGGUCCGUUGUGGGGCUAAACUAUCCACGCAAGGCUCCUAAUUGGCCGGGCUUAGCUGUAAUGUUUGGUUUGUUGUGCAACCAUGCAAGACAGGGGUCGACCCAGGGGUCGUACGUACCUUUUGGUUAAAGGUCGCGUGCUGCUUUUCCUUGGCCAUCCGCGCCUGCUUGGCUUCCUCCCGCUCCUGUCGCGCCCCCUCACGCAGCCGAGCCGCGUGCUCCAUGGCUUUCACCGCCAGCUCAGCGCUCUGCUCCACAUCCUUGGUGGCGGCCUCUCGCGUGGCCGCUCGGUCCUGUGCACAUGUACAGCAUGAGGCGGUGAUGGUGGUGACGGACAUGGCGUGGGUUUGGAAGAUGUGAUGGAAUAUUAAGAUAGAAAUAUUUGGAUAGAGGUACGGCCUGUGUUAGCUAGAGGUACGGCCUGUGUUAGCUGCUGUGAGAGGGCCGUCAUACUGGCGGGUUUAAACGCUAGUUAUGCGCCUGAAACGGGAAAUUGAGAAAGCGGAGCACACGCAUGGCACGUGGUAGUUGAAGGCUGUAGCUAUCUGUGGC